AUUAUUAUUUUUUUGGAGAGCACUAUUGACGGAGCCAGGAUAUUUUAGCGCCAAAGUUUACGUUGCUUCGUUAGUGUUAUAUAAUCAACACGUAGGCCUACUUUAUGUUGGGACUUAAAUAAUAAUCUGUAGGCUAAGAUUUGUACGUGUUAUACAUGCCCAUCGGGGGCGAACACCACAGACGAUGACGUUAAAUUUCGGCGCCGGGACUUUAUGUUUACUUGGAAUAUAAUCGCAACAUGCUCUCUUUCUAAUUAUCAAGAGUUAAGUUGUAAAAGUAGGAUAAGAGUUAAAAUUUGGUUUCCCCGUUAAACGCAGCCCUCGUCCCUGCCCCCCCGCGCCAUGUCAGAUGACGAGUUAACAUUUUCCCACGAAAUAAAUCGCAAUAGCGCUUUCGUGCCUCCGGACGGACUUUGCUGGUUGUCUGUUCUGUCCUGUUUAGUACUUGCCUGCUCUUACGUCGGAAGUUUAUACGUUUGGCGCAGCGAUUUACCAAGGGAUCACCCGUCUGUGAUAAAGCGGCGCUUCACCAGUGUGCUAGUUGUCUCUGCUUUGUCGCCUGUCUUCGUGUGGGCAUGGAAGGAGGUCACUGGCGUGAGGAGCGGGCACUCCUUGCUGGCGCUGAUGGGUAUUCGGCUGGAGGGAAUGGUGCCCGCUGCCAUCCUCCCCCUGCUGCUCACCAUGGUGCUGUUCCUUGGCCCUCUGAUCCAGUUAGCGAUCGACUGUCCCUGGAGUUUUAUUGAUGGAAUCAAAGUGGGGAUCGACCCGUCGUUCUGGGCGCUGUGCGUGAGCGACAUGCGCUGGCUGCGGAACCAGGUGGUGGCGCCGCUCACCGAGGAGCUGGUGUUCCGCGCCGGCAUGCUGCCCAUGCUGGUGCCCUGCGCGGGUCCGAACGCCGCCAUCUUCGUCUGCCCGCUCUUCUUCGGCGUCGCGCACUUCCAUCAUGUGAUCGAGCUGCUGCGGUUCAGACAGGGCACUGUGUCGGCCAUCUUCCUCUCCGCAAUUUUCCAGUUCUCCUACACUGGCGUCUUUGGAGCCUACACUGCCUUCAUCUUCAUCAGAACAGGUCACCUGUUGGGGCCGGUCCUGUGCCACUCCUUCUGUAACCUCAUGGGCUUCCCGGCCGUGGCGACGGCUUUGGAGCACCCCCGCCGCCUCACCCUGCUGUCCUCCUACCUGCUGGGGGCGCUGCUGUUCCUGCUGCUGCUGUUCCCCAUGACCGACCCCACCUUCUACAGCCCCCCCACACCCGCGUGCAGCCUGAGCACCGUGCUGGGGUCCGUCUGCUCCUGACCCGCCCCGCCCCACCCCACUGAGACACACACACACACACACACACACCCAUACACACUUACUCAUGCACAUACACACACUUACUCACACAGACACACAUGCGUACACUUACUGAUACACACCCACUUUCUCAUGCAUACUUAUACACACACAUUUACUCACACAUACACAGCUACUCAUAAACACAUACACUUACGCACACACAUACUCACUUAUGUACUCACACACGCACACAAAUGUGCACGCACAUACUCUCACACACACACACAGCUGAUACUCACGUACAAACUCACAGGCACACACACGCAUAUAUAAUCACAUACGCACAAGCAUGCAUGCAUGCACCCAGACGUGUGCACAGAUCUAACACACACGCAAAAGCAGACACGCGAACACGCGCAUAAAUACAGGGACUUCAGCAGGCCUACAGUACCAAAGCCAGUACCAGUUCCAGCAUGCAGUGAAGCAGAGGCCUCAGUGUGCUGUUAAAAAGCUUUAGGUGCUCACUGUCGGGGGGGGUAGGCUGGCCAGCCACUGACCAGGCUGAGUGUGUAGGCUAACCAGCGCAGACCAGCUUAAAACCCUCACUUUCCCAGCAUUCCAUCUCCCUCUCUUGGUAACCAUGCCAACCCUUACCCUCAUUUCCUGCUUUUCCUGUUCAGGGAUGGUACCGUAAUAUCCGGUGUAUACGUGCAGGUACAUGCUCAGGGUGCCCUGAAAGAGGAGGGGGGCGACUCGUACACCUGACGUUACUCCCUUUAUCUUCGGAAAGCCUGUGAUUGCUUCUCCUGUCCUUCUCAGCAGUGGUGACGUGCAGUGAUAAUCAUUAAUCUGUUGUUGCUUUAUCACAAAAAAAAAAAAAAAAGUAUAUAUUUUUUAGCAUAUUGAUUUUUUUCCUUCACAGUCUGGUUUCUGCCAUUGAGUAGUAUUAUUUAUUAUCUUAGAGGACAGGGCAACUUUGCAAUGUUAAAUGGUUACAUUUUUGUUGCACAUCUGUGCGCCUGUCACAACAUAUGUAAAUUGAGGUAGGGCAGCUUUCUCUUGAGCACAGCCGCAAUGUUCCACAGGGGAUUUGAACCCGUGACCCUAUAGGUCAGACACUGCCACAAAAUGAUACCUGGAGGGCUGUUAUGUGCUCCCAGACGGGUUGCUAUGCGUAUCCUCAGCUGUGGCGGAAGCUUUUUGAGUGGUCUGUAUUUUUGCCUUCGCUGUGGAAAGCCAGCUGCCCUCAUUUUACCCCCCCACAGCACAGGUAGAAUGUUUAAACUUAAUGAAAGGAUCUCCGUUUUUUGAACAGGGAUGACCCUGCUAACGCAAAAUGGGAAGCAACUCGCGCUGUUCAGUUUGAAACGUUUUUCAUUUCGUUUGUUCAGUUUGACUCUGGACCCUCACUCCAUUACACACUGAAGUAUUUUGAGGUAUUUUGAUGCAGAUAUUAAAAUUUCAGUAUUGAUUCUUUAUUGAUGCACCCCACUGAGUAGGGGGACCGCUUUGGCUUCUUUUUUUUUGUGCCAUAUAAAUCUCAGCCCUCACAAUUACAUUCCAGUAUAUUAGCAUCUGAAAAUUCAUGGCAACUCUAGCCGUGGUAUGGUUUUCACUUUCGGUGGACGCAAAAAGUGGAGCAGGAAGACCGUAAAUAACGUUAAAAGGGGAGAGGACAGUCUGCAGGCAGCUCGUACGUCUUGAGUUGAAGGGACUGGGUUGUUUCUUCGUUUUUGUUUUUUGGGCAGCGAAGCAGUAGGUGGCAGUCUGCCCUUUGUUACGACAUCCUCUCUGAGCGCGAACGUGCGAAAGUUACUGCUCGCUGAAACCUUCGGCAUCGACACUCCAGACGAUGGCAGGAUGAUUCUUGCCAUCGCAGAGUGAACGCCGUAAAGCUGCACAGGGAAAGUCACUGCAGAGAGGACAGCAGGGUUAAAUAGCACUGAAAACCACAGCAAUAAUAGCCCAGGGCCCUGUUCAGUCUAGCCACAAUGUGCUUCGUCUUCAACUUUCGGUACCUUUCCACAGCAAAGCUUCGUUACGCGUUUUUUGAAUCCCGUUUUUGUCACCCCAAGUCCUUAGUAUUUUGAGCAUGAAAUAAGUUACUGCUCUAAAAAAAAAGGUCCUCACUAAAAGUUACGAAAAGAAUGCAUUGUGGUUAAAUUGCCUAGAGGCUUAAAAUCAGGGAUUGUUUUUGCUGAGAAUAGUAGAAAGCACUUAACAAAGAGUAGAGAGCUACAGAUUUAUGUAUUAGGAUUGUUCCCUACAUGUUCCGGAACAUUCUUCCUUGCACAAAACCGCUUUUAUUCCAGUUAGGUGACAUUGCUCUAUGCAGUGACUACAGGGCCCUGCACCUUUUGUCAUACACGUCGCACAGAAAAGAAAACAUAGAGGUGGGGGAAAACUUCUAAGAGAUUGCAAUGCAAUGUCAGCCCACAAAGACCAUUUUCCAGGCAUUUUGUUGAACAGAAAUGUUAGUUUUUAAACGUCCUGCCUGCACACAUGACUCUUAAGGCCUUUCCCUCGGGCUGAAGCAACGUUUUGCCACUAGUGUUUCUUUUUAAAAAAGGGGUACGUACUGUAGCACCGCCCGAGCUGGUAGACGGGUUCAUCGUGCCGUGGCACAGGGGCGCCGUUCUGCCCCCGUCAGGAAGCGCUUCAUCGAUUUUCGAGGCACUUCCACUGCUGAUCGACAUUUGGCGGUAUCGAUUGUUUACACUAGGGGGCGCCAUUUGACCGCGCCGCGCUUCGUCGCCGAUCGAUGUCUGGGACCGGCGGCGGCGGUCCGCUGCUCUGAGGGGUGGGCCGCCGUGUUAACCGGUCGAUGGUUUCCUCCUCGAAUCGCGUCCGGCACCACCCACCCACCCGUGUUUUUCGACCGUAAUCAAUGGCAUAACGCACUGCCGAAGUGUACCCCGCUCCCGCUUGUUGUCUCUUAAGCUGCCCAGGAGCACUUGCGUUUGCCGUUGCUCUGUCAAGGGCCCCGGUAAUGUCGUUAUUGAUCAGGCCGGGAUCUUCAUCAGCCGAACUGCUCGCUCACGAGCGCCCCCCGCCGCCCUCUGCCAUUUCAGACCAGGCGUCUGUUUUCAGGGGGUGUCAGACUGCAGUUCUGGCGACAGACGCUUUGACACCUCCGCUGUAUUGUUUGCUGAGAAGUGCAGCGAGUGCGCGUGGCCACGGUCUAAAUUUGUCUCGCUCUCUCUCUCGCCCGUUCCUCUCCUGAAGUGGGCGUAAGUGCCGGUCGUGAGCCUGACUGGCGAGAAAAGGAGCGUUUUUUUUAACCUUCCGCCUUUCCGAAGGUGCUUCUGAAACGCUUUUAGGUCUUUUUUUCCACGCCUCUUGCCAAAACCAAAAAAACGUUUUGUCCAGAUGAAAGUUGCAUAUAAAAGAACAUAUAUUUAACGGAAAUAGGAAUAUAUUUUUGCAAAUGACAAUGCAUCAAAGUAUAUUUUACUGAAGUAUGCUGAUGUGUAUUCUGCUCAACGUUGGAAUAUCAAGGAGAAGUUUUACACAAACAAUUCCAUGUGUAUAUCCAUACCACUGACCUUGUAUAUGAAGUUUAUUAAAGAUAUUUAUAUUAGCAAGCACUAUAUUUGAUAAGUGGAUCUAUUUUAUUGAACUGACAUACUGUGGAAUGUGCAUGUUUUCCCCUUGGUUACAAUGCAAGUUUUGGAAACUAAAUAUUGAAUUUACGGCAUCACUUCUUUUUUGUUUUUUGACAAUCUGGUACAGGUUCUCUUUAUAGAAUUACGAUUAUUAAAUUGGACUGCCAAGUUGCUGUAGUUUGCAUAAAUAAAUUAUAUGAUUAAAUUUUUGUAAAUGGUGUGAUA